CAAGUCACCCCUCUAGGCGCGUCACUCCCGAGUGAAUCUUAUGCCGUCUUAGCUUCCGUUCCAGUUAGUUUAGGCAUUCAAGCAUCCCUGAAGUCAGUGAAGUGACUAGCUCAUAUUAUCCUUCACUGUGAGACCGACUAACACACAGAACCUGUCAUUUUUACCGAGUUUGUAACAUAAAGACACGGGCGUGGCAAAGGGGACGCAGCAAAUCGGAAGGUGCACGUGUAAGUUUCUGCACUAGGUGUUGGAUUGUAACGAUGUGGACUAACAUCAUAGCCGUGACGGUAGCCGUGGUGGGAGUUUUAUACUGGAGAUCACAGCGCGUGGAACAGUUUAUCAUACAGGAGAAUCCCGAUGAACGCUACGAUUACGUCAUAGUGGGAGCGGGUAGCGCUGGCUGCGUAUUGGCUGCUCGCCUCUCUGACGUCAGCAGCAACAAGGUGCUUCUACUGGAGGCAGGAGGCGACCCGUCUGGAAACGCACACGUCGCGGUGCCUGCCGCUGCCUUAUCGCUGAGGAAUUCCAAGCUAGACUGGAGCUUCCGGACCGUGCCACAGGAAAACUCCUGUCGCGCUCACGAAGGGAAGAGAAGCAUGUGGCCAAGAGGACGAAUGCUUGGUGGGUCAAGUGGUAUGAACAGCAUGAUGUAUAUACGCGGCAAUAAGAGAGACUUCGACCUCUGGGAAAAGAUGGGCGCAAAGGGAUGGAGUUACGAAGAUGUUUUACCAUAUUUCAAAAAAUCCGAGGAUAACCAGAACGAGGAAUACGUGAAGAGUGGUUACCAUGGAUCGGGUGGACCAUGGACAAUCUCUGACGCUUCAUACACAGAACUCGCAGAUAUUUUUUUAAAUGCUGCAAAGGAACUUGGUUACAAGCUUGGAAACGUGAACGGAGAGAACCAAGAGGUUUUUAUGAAAUCUCAAGGAAACAUAAAAGACGGGAAACGUUGGAGCACAGCGGAGGCAUAUUUGAGACCUGCCAUGCACCGACGAAACCUACACAUAGCCAUCAAUACGCUUGUAACCAAGAUAAACUUUGAUGGUAAGAAGGCGACGGGAGUCACCUUUAUUCACGGUGCUGAGAAGAAGACUGUUCACGUGUCAAAGGAAGUGAUUCUCUCUGCUGGUAGCAUUGGGUCUCCACACAUCCUCAUGUUGUCUGGUGUUGGACCAAAGGAUCAUCUUACCAAGUUCAACAUACCGACUGUGGUAGAUUUGCCGGUCGGUCAACACUUACAAGAGCACCCUGGUGUUUUCUAUCCUGAGUUCUGGAUAGACAAGCCUCUAUCAAUAACUAAAGAUAUUCUGAACAGCUGGCAGGCCGCACUAAAGUAUAUGCUUUUUGGAAAAGGUCCACUCGCAUAUCACAUGCUUGACGCAGUUGGUUUUGUCAAGACCAGAGCUGCUGAUCCUAGGCUUGAUCUGCCCGACAUUGAGAUACAAUUCCUACCUUUUGGAAUUGACUUUGAAACUGAUGAAACUGUUUACAAUCUAGUUGGCUUCACGAGAAACUUUAUAAAAGCCUACAAUUUUUCCGAGCACAAGUCUCGUCCAGUCAUCUCGUUGAUGGCAUUUCUUCUUCAUCCAAAGAGUGUCGGUCAGUUACGUCUGCAAUCCCCGGACGCAUUCGAUCCACCUGAAAUUGAUCCCAACUACUUUGAAGACGACACCGAUGUUAAAUCGCUAGUAGAGGGCAUAAAGAUCACCGUCAAGUUUGCCGAAACCAAGGCGUUCCAAGCUAUCGGCGCCAAGCUACGAGAUCAGAUCGUACCGGGAUGCGAGAAGCAUGCAUACAAAUCGGACAGCUACUGGGACUGCGCCGUGAGAACAGUAACAGCGACCAUAUACCACCCGACAGGAACGUGUAAGAUGGGAGCAGCCAAUGACCAAACCGCAGUUGUUGACCCACAACUCCGGGUUCGUGGACUCCGUGGUCUGAGAGUGGUCGAUGCUUCUAUAAUGCCUGAGAUAGUGUCCGGAAAUAUUCAGGCAGCUACGGUGAUGGUGGCAGAGAAGGCAGCGGACAUGAUUCUAUUGGGAGCAUGA